AGUACACGGGAAUUUAACAGUAAAAGUUAUUUUUAUGGGUACUGCGUCAUCAAGCAAAGUCAAUUUGAUAAAAACAUAUCUUCUGGAAAAAUGCGCAUAUAAUCUUUCUCCAAUUUCGAUGGAAACCUAGGUACUGGAAGACUAAAUCGUGUACUUGCUCUAUUUGAACAGGAAUUUCUGAGAUAUCCUUAUCACCAAAUGAUAAGGCUGAACAGCUUUUACAUGGCACAGAAUAAAUUAGGAUAUAAAUGCUAAUAAAUGUACACCUAACAGUUUUCAAGAUAUUGAUGCUUGUUUAUAACAUUUUCCGAGGUUUAUUUACGUUUUUCCAUUGGUCACGUGUCUGCACUCCAGUCCGUCAUUGUCAUGUCAACGGUAAACAGAGGAGAAGGUGAGUUGAAGAGGCAGAAGCAGUCCGUUGGUUUACUUUGUAGUUUACAGGAGCCAAGAGAAACGACAAGCUAAACAUGUCGGAUGUUGGAUCAGAGGAUUUUGAUGAUGAUCAGGGUUACCUUGGGGAAUAUGAAGGGGACCGAAAUGAAGCUGGAGAGAGACAUGGGGUCGGGAGAGCUGUCCUACCCAAUGGAGACACUUACCAAGGAAUGUAUGAAAACGGGAAAAGGUCUGGACAGGGGACAUACCGAUUUAAGAAUGGGGCCAGGUACAUUGGAGAAUAUUACCAGAACUUGAAGCACGGACAGGGUAUCUUCUACUACCCAGAUGGAUCCAAAUAUGAAGGCAGCUGGGUUAAUGACCAGCGCCAGGGCCAUGGCCUCUACACAUACCCCAACCAAGACACAUAUGAAGGAGAGUGGUUACACCAUCAAAGAAAUGGACAAGGUAUAUACCACUACAACGACACAGGUUCCAGGUACAUGGGCACGUGGGUGAUGGGCAAGAUAGAGUCAGCAGGAGAAUUCAUCCACCUGAACCACAGAUACCAGGGCAACUUCCUCAACAACAAUCCCUCAGGCCCAGGGAAGUAUGUGUUUGAAAUUGGCUGUGAGCAGCAUGGAGAAUACCUACAGGUGGAUCAGGACAGAGGGGAUGCCGAGGAGGAUGAGAUAGUAUCCACCAUGGCCCUGAAGUGGAAGCCCAAGGCUGUCACGGGCCUGUCCCUCUGGACCCCAGCCAAAGAUCCAUCCUCGGACGGAGAAGGACUGGCCUCCGCAGACGAGAAAGGGGGAUCCAAACCUCCCACUCCAGAGACCUGAGACCUUGCCAGAUUCACAGCUUACGCACAGCAAACACACAUUUCAAUAAUAAAGACGUCUCUCUCAU